AUCUCUACUGUCUAGAGAAAACGAGGAGAGAGAAUGGGAGAUGUGAAGAAAUGGUUGGUAACUUAUACAAAACAUUUGAAGCAGAAGAGAAAGGUUUAUCAAGAUGGCAUACUUCAUCUCUUGAACAACAAGAUUGAUUGCUUGGAUAAUAGGUGGCGUUGUAUGAUGAAUGUGAGCAGUUAUUGGACAGCAAGUUCUUGACAAGAGAUGAAGUAGUGCGAUCUGGCGAAUCAUUGACAUUUGCUUCAUUUCUAGUUGAUAUUGGUGAUCCUGAUAGUAACUGUACAGCUUUUUCUAAUUUGAAUCCUAUAUCUGAGCACGAUAAUAAGUCUGACAAGAAAAUGCCAGUUCGAGAAGAUGAAAAGUUAAGGCAUACUUUCACUAAUCGGAAGCUUAAUACAGCAGGAAGAAAGCCUUCAUUUAAUUGCUUAAGUCCAUCUCAGAAGAUUAUCAAAGAGUUCAAGAAAAAUCAAGAGAUCAAGUAUGGUGCACAUCAUAGUCCAACUAGUCCUGCAACCUCUUCUUUUAAAGAAUGGGAGGCACUGUAUACAACACACAUCACACAAAAGGCCAAGAAGUAUCAUGAUGGGUUCAUAAGAAUGAUCAUUUGUGGCUCCGAGGGAAGGCAGGUUAUUUUGUUUGACUCUGGAAAAAAUCAAAUAGAUAAGAGAUUUCUGAAGAAGGAUGAAGUUGUCAGUUCGGGUGAAUCAUUGACAUUUGAUGCUUAUUUGGUUGAUAUUGGAGAUCCUACAGGAGCCAAUGAAGAUGAUGCAGAUGUGAAGAUACAAAGAAGAAAUCACAAUGCUACAGAGAAAUCAGACACACUUGCUGGUCGUCAAUGGAAAAAGCUGUUUAGUGAUAAUUCAGUUUCCCAUGCAAAACAAAGCAAAGGAUCUACACAAAAGGAUGACCUAGGUUCUGGGAAUUCCAUUGUGAUAGGACAAUCUCGGGGUAAUGUGAUUUCCAGCAAACGUGUUUACAAUAGUGUGAGAAGCUCUGGAUUAGAUAAGAUCAAACAAAAGGAGAACAUUACAAAAGACAUGCCUUUACGUAAUGCCAAUCAAAUAUUAUCAAUCUUGAAAAAAUCUGCAGCUAGAGACACCAAUAACGUUGUCAAAGAUUCUCCAGUUGAACAGUGCCUUUCGAAACACAACAUAGACGGUUCACUUCAAAUUGAUUGCUGUCAAGAGAUCAGGGCAGCAGGGAAGCAUACCAUUACGUCUACAAUGACUGCUGAUACAGUACAAGCUAGCACCUGCUAUGAAGACAAUGUUAUUCAGUCUGGACCCAUUGAUAUUGAUUCAUCAGCACCCUAUCUUUAUGCAAAGAACAUUGAUACUGCAGAAAUACCCGUCUUUACACAAACAGCUGAGACUAUCAAACCCAAUGCACUUGAAUCUCCUAGCAAGAGCCAAAAUACAUUUGGAUAUAGUGUAGGGCUUGAGAAAUCAGUUAUCCUUGACUCUUCCAAAGGAGCAGACUUUAAAGACAGUCAUUCAUCUGUAAGAAGGGAAGACAUAACUCACCAUCAGUUCUCUACGAAACUGCCAGAGACAAAUGCGGAAAAUGUUGGGAAAACAGCUUCCACUUUAAAAAUGGGUAAUCCAAAAUUGAUCCCAGUGCUUCAGGAAUGGUUUGGCGAUGAUGUAGGCAUCAAAAAGUCCAAGAUGUCCGUGAAGAGUCAGAAGUCCGAUAUAUCUUUCAUCUGCCCCAGUUUUGACUUGGGAAUCUAAUGUCCGUUCGCUGACAUUUUUAUCGCUUUUCCAUGCCUUGCCGUCAACAGCAGUUUUGAGUAGCAUAGCUAUUGGCUUUUGUCAUCCUUACCGU